AUGGCUGGUAGUGCAAGAAGAGCUCAAGCACUCAUCAAGGAGAAGAACCCACUGGCAUUAUACAUACAUUGUCGCUCUCAUGUGCUGAGCUUGGCCAUUGGCAGAGCAUGCGAAGUGCAAGGUAUCCGCAACAUGAUCGAAAUGAUCAAUGAGAUCUACUUAUUCUUCCAUCUGACAUCCAAACGCUUUCUUAAAGCUGUCCUUGAAACAUAUGCACCAGAAAGCCGAGUUCAUAAACUCAAAGGACUCUGCAAGACAAGAUGGACAGAAAAGCAUGACUGCCUUAAAACCUUCCGUGCUCUGUACGAGUACAUCUUCACAUCCAUGCAUUUUGUGGUGCAACUAGGGGAGUACGGAGAGAUUGAGUCAUCGUGGGAUUGGGAUGCUGAAACUCGUACGAAGGCUCAGGGUUUCAUGACGUCGCUCAGGAAUGGCCGCAACAUUGUAGCCCUAUUCAUCUUUGUCAAUGGCCUUGAUAGUGUGAAGGGUCUUAGCAGCAAACUCCAGAAGAGAGAUGAAAAUGUUGUUGCCGCCUAUAGCCUCAUCGACACAGCUAUGUAG